CUGUUUAUCGAAAUGUUGGUGGGUUUGGGGGCCAGAACAGCUAUGGUAACACAUACGCCACAUAACUGCCCUAAACGCUUCAGCUCCGGCGAAUCGAGCUCAAUGGCUAAUUUCGCGUCCCCCCAUCCAUAACUCAAGUCGACUUAUUUGAUUGACGGCUCCAUAUUUUUUGUACGAUUUUUUUUUCUGUGGCUCCAGAAAGGACAAAAACGGGGUAAUACAGACAGAGAGGAAAAGAGGGAGAGAAAAUAACAAACGCUGCUGGAAAGAAAGUGAGAGCUCAAGAGCGCUGGGAGCGACCCAGGGUCAAGACUGUGAAAAAUACAUAUAUAUUUCACAGACAAAGGAGUGUCGACUUUUGCUCAUUUCUGUAUUUUAGGGAACUUGGGCACGCCGACAUCAUAAUUAUUUUGCAUAAGAGAAGGACAGCGUAACCGAUAACCAUGACGACCGAAAUGCAGGAGAUCGCCAUCACGGAGGAGAAGCCUUUACUGCCCGGUCAAUCGGACGCUGUGAAGGACGCAGAGAUCGCGGCCCGAAUACUGCUAGAUCAAGGCCAGGAACACCGCGUCGAGACGCCUCACGGCGUGCUGCGCGUGACUGUUCAUGGCACCGGAAACGCACGCAGACCAGCAAUACUGACCUUCCAUGAUGUGGGAAUGGACAGUAAGAGCUGCUUCUCCACCCUGUUUAAGUUUGAGGAAAUGCAGGAGAUUGUGAAGAACUUCACUGUGGUUCAUGUUGAUGCUCCAGGACAAGAGGACGGCGCGCCUGUUUAUCCUGCUGGAUACCAGUAUGCAUCUAUGGAUCAGAUCUCGGAGAUGAUCCCCGCUGUCCUGCAGUUUUUUAAUUUUCGCACAAUUAUCGGUGUUGGAGUUGGAGCCGGCGCUUACAUACUGUCCAAGUUCACUCUGACUAACCCUGAAGCUGUGGAAGGCCUCGUUCUGGUCAACGUCGACACAAACGCACGAGGUUGGAUGGACUGGGCCGCUCAGAAGCUCUCCAAUCUGACGUCUUCCCUCACAGACCAAAUCCUGUGUCACCUCUUCAGUCAGGAAGAGAUGUCGGCAAACACAGAUCUCAUUCAAACUCACAGAGAGAGAAUCGCAAAAGCACCAAACCUCAUCAACAUCGAGCUCUUCUGGAAGAGCUACCAGGGUCGUAGAGAUCUGAACAUCGACAGGAAUAACAUGUUCAAAUGUCCUGUGAUGUUGGUGGUCGGUGAUCAGGCUCCAUAUGAAGAAGCUGCUGUGGAGUGCAACAGCAAACUAGAUCCAACUACGACCUCAUUCCUCAAGAUGGCUGAUGCUGGCGGGAUGCCACAGCUGACUCAGCCCAGCAAACUGACAGAAGCGUUUAAGUAUUUCAUUCAAGGCAUGGGAUACAUGGCGUCCUCCUGCAUGACGCGCCUGUCGCGCUCGCGCACCACGUCGCUCUCGUCCUCCUACUCCAUGGAGGGCUCGCGCUCGAGAUCCCGCACGCUGUCCCAGGGCUCGCAGGGCGGACAACUCCCGCCGAGCCCGUCCCAUACCAUGGAGGUGUCGUGCUGAGGAGCGCCAGAGAGGGGGAGAGAGAUGGACGGAUGAAACGCUUGAGUCUUCUUGGUGGCGGAAAGCAAGUUUCGUGCAUGGCGACAGACGGACGGAUGAUGACGACUCUCUCCCUCCCUUUACCGACCCGUCAGGCAGAUGAUAGAGCCCUUUAACUCUGUGACAUGGGCGGGGCCUUUAGUGAGACCCAAAUGUAGUGUUAACCAAUAGUAAUACUUCUAAUAUGAAUAUUGAUUAUUAAUAUUAAUAACGACGAGCGUCACUGAAAAAAUAAAUAACAAUGUUUCUCUUAAUUACAUGUUGAAUUUGUAAACUCUAAACGAAUAGAGAAAAGAGUAUAUAAGCUCAUAAUGUGUGUCUAUCAACUUCUAUGUGAUUAUUAUUUUUGGUGUGCUUUUUUCUUUUGUUUUUGUAUUUUGUAUCAUUAUUAUUUUUUUCUGUUAUACAAUCCUGCUGCUGUGAGAGGAGUACAGUAUUUUCGGAGACAAAAGUUGUAGGCCGAAGUACUCGUCUCUGUAGAUGACAGCCACCUCAUGUCUUCCAUUUGCCCUUAACGAAAAAGCUAUAUACAUAAAAGCGUGAAAGAAAAAUACUGUAAUUAUAUUUUACUUUAAUUUGUUUGGUUGCGGGGUUGGGUCCAUUGGGGUCUUUGCCUGUUCGGAAUUGCAUGCCGGAAUUUUUACUUGACCAUGUCAGUCUGUUUUUUUGUUUUUUACGGACUUUACUUUCGUUUUAUUUCGGUAAGAGUGUGUGCGGUCUUAAAUAGGAAAAAAAACAA